AUGCUGUUUAAAUUCAUCCCGUUCAUAUUUGUGGUCUUCCCGGCAAUAGACGUCGCCAUUCAAGUGCCCGGAAAUGGAUUACUUGCGGCGGCCACUGACCGCCUUGUAUUCUGUCAUUUCAUGAUUGGCAUCUGCAGCAAUCGCAACAGCGCGGCUGACUAUGACGAUGACAUGAAGCGCGCAAAGGCAUUGGGUAUCGAUGCUUUUGCCUUGAAUAUUGGCAUAGAUCCCUACACUGACCAGCAGCUUAAUCUGGCAUACGAAUCAGCCGCCAGGAAUGACAUGAAGGUUUUCAUUUCUUUCGACUUUAAUUGGUAUAAUGCUGGGCAGGCGACUGCCGUUGGCCAGAAGAUCAGACAGUACGCCAGCCAACCAGCGCAGCUUAGGGUCGAUGGCAAGGUCUUUGCGUCUUCGUUUGCCGGCGACGGUCUUGAUAUUAGCCAAAUGAAAUCUGCGGCCGGCUCGGACGUUUUCUUUGCCCCCAAUUUCCAUCCGGACCGGGGACACUUCAAUGCCAUAGAUGGUGCGUUGAACUGGAUGGCUUGGGACAAUAAUGGCAACAACAAGGCGCCGACUCCAGGGCAUAAUAUCUCCGUCGCCGAGGGUGAUGUUAUGUAUAUCGAUGCGCUUAAGGGAAAGCCGUAUAUUGCACCCGUUUCGGGGUGGUUCUUCACUCAUUUUGGAAGUGAGGUGCCCUAUAGCAAGAACUGGGUGUUUCCCAGUGACCUUCUGUGGUACACGCGAUGGAAGGAUAUCUUGAACCUUGGCCCUCGUUUCAUUGAGAUUAUCACAUGGAACGAUUACGGAGAGUCGCAUUAUAUUGGACCACUGGCAUCUCCUCACACAGAUGAUGGUGCAUCGAAAUGGGUUAUGGAUAUGCCACAUGGGGGCUGGCUGCAGAUGUCUAAGCCCUUUAUUUCCGCUUACAAAGCCGGUGACAGGGUCGUUGAUAGCCAUGUCAAAGACGAGAAGCUUGUCUACUGGUACCGACCCACGCCACGGACACUAAACUGUGAUAAUACGGAUUCAACCAUGCGCGGGAGCCCCGACAAUAGCACUGGCAAUUUCUUCCGCGGCCGCCCGAGCGGCUGGGAGACUAUGCAAGACCAAGUCUUUGUAGUGUCUCUACUCAAGUCCCCGGCGACAGUAGAAAUCACCUCGGGGCAGAACAACCGGAAGUUUGAAGCCCGGGCGGGGGCCAGCUCCUUCACGGUGCCCAUGGGGGUGGGCCAGCAGAAAUUCUCAUUUGCGCGCAACGGCAAGACGGUACAAAGCGACAUCAGCUUAAAAGACAUUGUCAACACUUGCAUCUGCGGAGUGUAUAACUUCAAUUCCUAUGUGGGCGUCGUUCCACCUGAGAAUACUGUUGAUGAACUUGCACCCGCAGGGCUCACAAUGUUGAAGCAGGGAUUGAACGCACCAUGCCCAACCAACUCCUUGGGCACGGGUAGGCCUCGCGCUACGUACUCAUGA